CACCCGAAAAUUUUCGUUUAAAAGGUGGCUAUUAAAGAAAAACCGUCAAAGGAAAAAGUGUAAAAAAAAACUCGAAAAACCAAAAAUUCAAAAUAUUAAUGAGCUAAUAAAUUGAGGCAUAUCAAGAAUGUGCAAUAAAUAAAAUUCCGUGCAGACAAGUGAAUUCGUUAAAAUUUUGGCAUAAUGAAAAAAAAUUUAGAAAAAACAUUGUCAACUAUUUCUAAAAACAAAAGGCGUCUAUAGCAAUCGUGAAUGAAAUUAAAUCUGUGUUUGCAACAAAACUGAAGACAAUCAUUGAAUUUGUUUUUUUUUUUCUGUUUUUUCUACAAAAGUGGCAACCCAAUUCUCAAGUGCAACGCCUAAUCUGUGCACCCAUUUUUAAACCGCUAAAGCAAAUUGUCCUCGAAUAAUUUCGACAACUUGUUGCCACAAUAGCCAAGUACUUGCAACCUGCCUUGCUUAUACAUUUUCUAAUUUUAUUUCUUUUCGCUUCCUUUACUAUUCUUUUUGCACAAAAACAAUGUCCACUGGUCGCCGUUUAGCCAAACGUUCAAUUAUUGGUACAAAAGUUUGUGCUCCUGGUCCGGACGGCCUUUGGUAUUCUGGUGUUAUACAGGACGUCAAAACACCACCAACUGCCACGGUCACUUCGUCGUCGCUCUUGGUGGACGCGAGUGACACAGCCGCAUCCACUAAUAAUAACAACGGUACAAAUCUUACCGCCGAUACUAAGUAUAUAGUACGUUUCGAUUUUAAGACACAAACAAUGCAAGAUUCUUUGGACACUUCACCAUCAUCGUCGUCUAAAUCUUCCGUUAUAAUGGAGGCACGUCGCGCAGUUAGUGCACACUUGAGUCCAGCUCAAGCUUUGCGUCGCAACGCAAUGAUUAAGGAAUUUCGCGAGUCGGAUUUAAUUGGUCCGGGAUUUCGUUCAAUUUUGGGCAUACAAUUGCAUCCGGGUCAACGUGUGUUUCUCACCCACAACGGACGUGAGACUUCGGGUGAUGUCAUCACUCACGAUGUGGAAAGGGAUGAGGUAGUUGUCAAGAUUACCACUAUCGGAAUAGAGAAGAAUUUAUAUGAAAGGGUGAUCAAAAAGGGCACGAAAAUUCAAAUUGAUUGGGUUGGUUGGUUGGUUAAGUAG